AUGUGGAAACAACCUGUAUCCUACCUUUUAAAGGUUGCAAGUUUGGCAGGACCUCUAGUGGUCUCUGAGUUCCACAGGGGUCAUAUAACUCCAAUGCUAAAUCUAGCAAAACUCCUACAUUACAAAGACUUCCACAUAACGUUGGAUGGCUUACCGGAGUACAAUCAUAAAAGAUUACUCAAAUCCAGAGGGUCCAACUCCCUGGAUGGCUUGCCGGACUUUCGGUUUGAAGCUAUACCUGAUGGCCUUCCUCGGACAGAUUAUUCUGAUGUCACUCAAGACAUCCCUUCUCUAGCUGAUUCCACCUCAAAACACUGCUUAGUCGCAUUUCGCAAUUUACUUUACAGGCUCAAUAACAGUACUCCCUCUUCCAAAAUCCCUCCAGUGACCUUAGUUGUCUCUGAUGGUUCUAUGUCCUUCACUCUUGAAGCUGCUGAAGAAUUUGGAAUUCCGAAAGUACUCUUCUGGACUCCUUGUGCCUGUGGUCUUUUAGGCUAUACACUGUACCAUACUCUGGUAGAAAGAGGCUUGACACCUCCCAAAGGUGUCAAAAUUAAAAAUCGUUCUUGA